AUGGUUACUUUAGUUACUUUAGUUACUAUUGUACUAUUGUAAUAAGGAAGAGAAACGGUUUAAGAUGUGAGUUUGCUGGUGUCAGAUGUGAUGGUCUGAGCUUCAUGAGUUGACCUGCCUGGUAAAACAUUUAAAUGACAUGACACUGGAUGUCAAAGAUGGUCAUCUAAUCAAAUAUGUUUCCCAAAACACAUUAUUUAAAAUAAUCUGCACCUGAUAAGAACAAUGCAGACGCUACCAAAGCCUGAAUCCUAUUUUUGUUUUCUCGCAAAUCUUCAAAUGUGGAGGAAGUGACGCUUUUGUCUUCAUGUCAAAAGUCACUAACCAUUCAUGUGAUUUGUGUUCCCAUGGCGAUUAAGUAAACUGCCUCACCCAACAGCUGGAACUUUCUCUUCUCUGCUCUCAGCUCCACAUUAUUGUGUAAAAACACCAACGCUCUUUUGCUGACAUUCAGAGUGGAUACAACACAUUACUGUUAUAUUAGUAGCAUUGACUGUUCACUCUACCAUUACACAGAAAUGGAUUAUUGUUUUUAAUCCAGUUUCAUCUUUGUGUCACAAAACACACACAAAAAUCAGCCCUGUUCAUGCAGUCUGUUAGACAACGUCCUGUUUCCCUGUGUGAGUUCUAACAAGUUAUAGGUCACAGCCUCAUCUGCACUGUAAAGCAUACAACUGUACUGACUUGAACACAGUGACAUCAUGGUGAAAGUAUUCCUUGGCGGUGCAUGGGCUGAUUCGCCUUUCUGUGCAGCGCUUCUCCCGGAAUCUUAUCUCCCUGAUUUUGGGAAAAUCAUGUAGGAAUGUAUGAGUUCUCACGUGCGGAAAAAGAUAAGUUUUGGCGGAACUGGAAAAUGCUUAAAGGUCACAGCUUUUCUUCUGUGGUCGACAUGCUCCAGAUGUGUCUGUGGUGCUGGACGAUGUCAGCCGUCGUAACCCUGUCCAUAAAUUCCACAACUAAGAAAGGUCGCAACAUCACCAUCCACUCCUCACAGAUGGUCUGCAGUUUGCCCGGUCCGGCAGGGCCUGCAGGGAACCCAGGGUUUCCUGGACCACCAGGGGCGGUGGGUUCAAUGGGGAUCCCAGGAAAAGAUGGCCCAGAUGGGAAGGAUGGAGAGAAGGGAGAGAAGGGAGACAGAGGUGAUCCAGGAAGGACGGGAAACCAAGGCAAGCCUGGAGUCAAGGGCCGUGAAGGAGUGAUUGGUAAGGCCGGACCUCGGGGUCUGAAAGGUCUGCGGGGGUCACCGGGGAUAUCUGGAAAACGUGGACCAAAGGGCCAGAAUGGCGAAGUGGGCCAGGAAGGACCUGUAGCCAACGCCAGCAGUGGGAAGUUUGUCUGCGUUAUCCCCGGAGUCUACUAUUUCACCUACGACAUCACAGUAGCAAAUAAACACCUGGCCAUCGGGCUGCUGCACAACGGACAGUACAAAAUCAAAACAUUUGAUGCAAACACGGGAAACCACGAUGUGGCGUCCGGUUCCACGGUUCUCCACCUGCAGAAGGACGAUCAGGUGUGGCUGCAGAUCUUCUACUCUGAACAGAACGGACUCUUCUUUGACCCCUUCUGGACGGACAGUACCUUCACGGGCUUCCUUAUCUAUGCUGACCAGGAGUUUCUCACUGAGUCUGACAGGAAAGCCAACAGUAAGGAUGACAGUUAGUGGCUUUGGUGGUGGAAUCCAUCCAUAGGUUUACAUGACACGUCUCCUGUUGGAGGGCAUCAGCUGUGUCCUGCUGUUGCAGAAAUUCUAACACUAGGAGGCACACAAUGAAGGGAGAACAUCCUAUGACAUCAGUCCAAGGUGCUUGCUCAACACAGCACAG